ACCACUACAACACAAAAAGCGAGAGAGAUCUCUCCCGAGCUCGAUCCGGUCCACCGCGACACGAAGACGACCAUGGCGAUGGCUCGCUCCCAGCUUGCCGCCGUGUUCCUCGCCGUCCUCGUCUCGGUGGCGCCGCUCGCCGGCGCGGCGGACAACCUCCAGGACGCGUGCAACCGGACGCUGUUCCCCAAGGUGUGCAUCCAGGCGCUGACGACGAACCCGGAGAGCCGGACGGCGAACGCGCGGCGGCUGGCGGAGCUGUCGGUGUACGUGGCGGCGGAGGUGGGCACGGCGGUGGCGGCGUUCGCGCACCACGAGCUGAACGGCGUGAAGGAGGACGCCCUGUUCAAGUGCGUGGACAGCUGCUCCGACGACAUCGAGGAGGCGGUGGCGCACCUCAGCGCGCUCACCCGCGAGCUCACCGACGCCAAGUUCCUCGAGGUCAAGGCCUGGCUCUCCGCCACGCUCGGCGGCUCCUCCACCUGCGAGGACACCUGCAAGGACGCCCCCAUCAGCGAGAUCAAGAACGCCGUCGUCACCAAGAGCCUCGAGUUCGAGAAGCUCCUCCGCGUCACGCUCGACCUCAUCACCGAGGCCUCCGGCUCCAUGUCCGCCGACGUCGCCCUCCCGCCCGCCACCGGCGGCGGCGGCGGCGGCUAUGGCUAUGAAUCCAGCAGCGCCGCCGCCGCGCCGGCGCCUUCCGAGUCCGACUCCGACGUCGGCUCCGGCUCAGGCUCCGCCGCCAGCGCGCCGGGCCCGAGCCCAUCCGACGACACCGGCUACGGCGGCUCCUCCGGCAGCCCAUCCAGCAGCCCAUCCAGCAGCCCCUCCAGCAGCCCCUCCGGCAGCCCCUCCAGCAGCCCCUCCGGCAGCCCCUCCGGCAGCCCCGCCGGCAGCCCCGCCGGCGGCCCCACCGCCGGCGGCCCUGCAUCUGGACCGUCGUCGUACGGCGCCGCCUCUGGCCCCGCCGAAGGGCCGUCGUCGUCCGGCGCCGCCUCUGGCCCCGCCGAAGGGCCGUCGCCGUCCGGCGCCGCCGGCCCCGCCGAAGGGCCCUCGUCGUACGGCUCCACCGAAGGGCCGUCUCCAUCGCCGUCGUCGUCCGGCUCCGCCGACGCGCCGGGACCCGGCGCCAGCGCACCGGAUUCCGAGGAGUACUGAGCGACGUACGGCGCAUGCAUGGCUACACAGAUUUUUCCUUCUUCAUAUCACCAUUUCUUUUUCUCCAGUCUUCUUUGAAUAAUCCGUUGACACUAGCGAAGAUUAUGAUGGGUUGAUCAUUAAGCCUACGUAGAAAAUCCAUUGACAUAAUUAUUACAAUGGUGUAUGGGGAAAAGGGGAAAAAUAUUAGUAUGGUUUAUGAGGAUUAUUUCGGAUCAAGAAAUGAGGCCCAUAUAGGAGAGAUGGCAUGUGGCCCCAAAUGGGAGAUUUUUAUUUUAUUUUAUUUUUUUGGGAAAAGGAGAUUUUUUUUAUUAUUAUUGUAAUAUUGUUAUAUGUUGUAUUGGUUUUCUUUGAUGAAAUUAUAUCUGUUCUAAGUGCUA